AUGUCUGCUACUACGGAGGAAACCAACGAGCGACCUAAGGUCGGGGUAGGCGUGUUUGUGACAAGUCAGGACCAUCCUGGAUGUGUUUUGCUCGGCAUCAGGCAAGGUUCCUCCGGGGAGGGAAUGUAUGCCCUUCCAGGAGGACACUUAGAAUUUGGCGAGUCGUGGGAGGAGUGCGGUGCGAGGGAGGUGCUGGAGGAGACGGGGCUGACACUGAAGGGGGUGCGGUACUGCACUGUACUCAACGGGGUGAAGAGAGAGGAGAAUUACCACUACGUGGAGUUGUUCGUCAGGGGAGAGGUGGACCUUUGUCUCAAAGCAGAACCACAAAACAUGGAGCCUCAUAAAUGUCUGGGUUGGGAAUGGGUGAAAUGGGACGAGUUUCCUCCCUUAGAUAAACUCUUCUUUCCCCUGAGAUUGAUUCGAGAACAAGACUACAAUCUGUUCCAAGAGUGUAUUUAUAUAGUACGCAUGCGCUGUUGCUACGGCACGGCCACGGCAAAACAAGGUCAGUCUGGUCGGAUGGCCAAUCUAUUUGUUGGCAUUCUAGGAAUGUCAGCUCGGCGCACCUUGUGUCCUCUAAUUGAAUUAUAUUCAAAUACUAAAAUACAAUUAAUUUAUUCAUGUUUUUAUUCAUUCUGCGGGACUGUUAAGAUGUCUGCUACUACGGAGGAAACCCACGAGCGACCUAAGGUCGGGGUAGGCGUUUUUGUGACAAGUCAGGACCACCCUGGAUGUGUUUUGCUCGGCAUCAGGCAAGGUUCCUCCGGGGAGGGAACGUAUGCCCUUCCAGGAGGACACUUAGAAUUUGGUGAAUCGUGGGAGGAGUGCGGUGCGAGGGAGGCGAUGGAGGAGACGGGGCUGACACUGAAGGGGGUGCGGUACUGCACUGUAGUCAACGGAGUGAAGAGAGAGGAGAAUUACCACUAUGUUACGCUGUUCGUCAGGGGAGAGGUGGACCUCAGCUUCAAGGCAGAACCACAGAACAUGGAGCCACAUAAAUGUCUGGGUUGGGAAUGGGUGAAAUGGGACGAGUUUCCUCCCUUAGAUAAACUCUUCUGUCCCCUGCGAUUGAUUCGAGAACAAGACUACAAUCUGUUUCAAGAAUGCUGAUAUUCAGACACACUGCUCCAACAGACACACAGACACUCAGAAGGAAACUUGGCACGGUACUGAAGAGACCAUGGAUUGUCAGAUGUCGUUCAUGUUCUUGAAUUAAAUGACCUGCUUAAUUCAAAUAAUGUACGCUUUGGGUGUCAGCAUAAUGCGUACCACAGACUCACUGAUCCAUAAGACACAGACAGGAAGCCGCUGAACGUGUCUUAAUUCGAAGCAGACCUGAUGCGUUCAUGACUUCUUGAAUAAAAACAUCUGCUCAAA